GCUUGAGGGAAGAUGAGGUGCACUUCUUAUAGGGCCUCGAUCCGUGUGGCGCUCAGUGAAUAGUGAACAGUGGCCAGUGUGAGAAGAAGUAAUAUUCCUAUAACACAGGGGUGUUCCCCGUGAUGCAGGGCGCAAGGAGCAGGGGAACUCCCUUCAUCCUUCUCAGUCAUCAGAGGGAGCUGUGACCUCUGCCAAGGCUAGGACUGUUUCUUCCAAACAGGGUGUGGUCUAUCAUAGCUCCACAGUGGCACCACUGGGGCCCAGCUGCCAAAGGUCCUGUAAGGUUUGGACAGCUGUGCCCUGGCAGAGCCCUGUGCUGCAGUGUCUAGAUGUGGGUGCUCAUGGGGUACAUAAGCUAGGAGGCUUCAGAACCAUGCUUGGGACCCCGACACCUGUGGGCCUCCUAGCCCCCACCUCCAAGCCACACCUGCAGCUAUCCAGGGCCCAGCCUGGGGCUGGAUGUGGCACAUGGGAACCCCUGGACUGGCCCUGUAAUUACCUGUUUAUCUGCCAUCUCCCCUCUUGAGGCUCCUGUACACUUGGUUCCUUGACGUUGGAGGGAGCAGCAGCAACCGCAGCAGCACUUGACCAUGGCGGAGGACAGGGCACAGCAGCAGCAGCAGCUGGACAUGCCACUGGUCCUGGACCAGGACCUGACCAAGCAGAUGAGGCUGCGUGUGGAAAGCCUGAAGCAGCGCGGGGGAAAGCGCCAGGAUGGUGAGAAGCUGCUGUGGCCAACUGAGUCUGUGUACCGCCUUGACUUCACCCAGCAGCAGAAGCUGCAGUUUGAGCGCUGGAACGUCCUGCUGGACAAGCCGGGCAAGGUCACCAUCACUGGCACCUCGCAGAACUGGACACCUGACCUUACCAACCUCAUGACGCGCCAGCUGCUGGACCCCGCUGCCAUCUUCUGGCGCAAGGAAGACUCAGAUGUCAUGGAUUGGAAUGAGGCCGAUGCCCUGGAGUUCGGGGAGCGCCUGUCGGAUCUGGCCAAGAUCCGCAAGGUCAUGUACUUCCUCAUCACUUUUGGGGAAGGUGUUGAGCCCGCCAACCUCAAGGCCUCUGUGGUGUUUAGCCAGCUGUGAUGGGGCACCUUGCGGCUGCCCCUCCUCUGGCCCACCUGCCCUCUCCACUGCCUGGACCUCCUUCCCAUGAAUUCUGGGGGACAUUCUUCUAGCUG